CUUUCCAACCGACAGAUGUUCCCAAUUAUUUUUGUGCUCGAAAGCUUUGCAAGAGCCCAUUGUCUAGGGGCAGCAAGAUCAUGCACGUUGCGAAUAUUCUUCUUCUUAGUAGAAGUCACAGCUCAAAUUGAAGAGGGGAGAGAGAUGGGGAGUUCAGGAUGCGGGGCUGCUACCAAGAGGUUCAGGCCACACAUAUUGAUGGUUUCGACGCAGCUAGGCUACACGUUUCUCUACAUCAUCACUCAAGACGCUUUCAGUCAAGGGCUGAAUCCCCAUGUCUCCGUGACCUACAGGAACGUCGCAGCAUUUUUUGUAAUGCUGCCGUUUGCCUAUUUCCUUGAGCGGAAAACGCGACCCAAUUUAACAAUAGUUCUGUUUUUAGAGUUAUUCGUUCUCUCUCUUAUUGGGGUGAGUUUGUCGCCGAAUAUGUACUUUGCGAGCCUGAGAUAUACUUCUCCAACGUUCGUUGCUUCCAUGGUUAACACUAUAGCUUCUAUGACCUUCAUCAUUGCAGUUGUGACUCGAAUGGAGAAACUGGACGUAACAAGCAGAAGAGGAGCAGCAAAGGUGGUUGGCACGGUAGCAUCGUUGGGUGGAGCAAUGAUAAUGUCGCUCUACAAGGGCCAAGCCAUCAAGAGGCUAUGGGGAGCGCUGCUUUCUAUACCAGGCACCACAGUCCACGAGGACUGGGUUAAAGGCUCCAUCCUCACAAUAGCAAGCUGCUUCGCCUGGGCCGUGUGGUUUGUCAUGCAGGCCAGCACGCUGAAGCGGUAUCCUGCACAGCUCUCACUGACCACAUGGAUGUCCUUCUUUGGAGCUGCACAGUCUGCGGUCUAUACAGCUUUCAUUGAGCAGAAGCCGCAGGCUUGGAUGAUUGGUUUCAACAUCAACUUCUGGGCCAUCAUCUAUGGGGGCGUCGUAAUUUCAGGCCUUGUGACCUUCGUUCAGCUGUGGUGCACGGAGAAAAAGGGGCCAGUCUUUGUCACCAUGUUCAAUCCACUUUGCACCGUGCUGGUGGCCUUAACAGCAUACGCGCUUCUAGGCCAGGACUUGAACACCGGAAGUGUUGUAGGAGGAACCAUUGUCAUUGUUGGUCUUUACUUGGUGCUAUGGGGGAAGGAAGAGGAUCAACAGGCAAAUGACGAGGAGCUGCUGCCGCAGUUUGACUCCAAACUUCCUGCAUCGACAAAGAAUGGUCACAUGCAAGAGCAGAAUUUAAAUGAGGAGAAGGUUUCCAAGGAAUAGCCAGACAUUUAGGAUCAACUGUAAACGACCAGGAAAAAGAAUACAAGAAAAACAUGUCCUCCUUGACGUUCUGCGAUACCAUUUCUUUUUCCUUUUUUACUUUUUAAGUCUUCUGCAGUAGGAAACAGUAAUUAUGCAACAUGUAAUAAAGCAGAUGCCUGCCUUCCAACAAAAUGCGUUGGAACUUUAAUGAACUUCCUUUCUGCA